AUGCCAGCAAAUCUGACAGCAGCUCAGUCCAAUCGGGUCUGUAACGCCAUAUGCACUAAUAGCCAGUCAUUCCUUGUUACUGUGCCACCGAAUUGUUCAUUGUGGUCUGUCGAUCAUGGAACAAGGACACGAGAAAUAUGUCAAAAAACAGUUGCCGACUUCAUCUUCAACAAGAUUCUUCUUGACGGCACGACGGUUAUAAUAUAUUUGUCCAAACACGAACGUCUUAGUCAUGUCGCAUUUGAUACUCGUAACGCACAGCAAGCCCUACGCCAGUGUUUGCCAGAUCAGCUCAAGGAUGAGACGUUCAAGGCAAUUCUGGACGAGGAUAAGUCAAGCCGUCAUUGGUUGAGAUCGCUCAUGAACAACUUAGGUCGAUAUGUAUUAAUUCUUUAUAACGAUUUCAGAUAUUCAUUGUCCAGCCGCGGAAGCCGAGUGACAGAUUUGUUCGAACACAUGAUAUGCAUGCUGUUCUUGUUUUUCUGUUGUUUGCUACUGCAUGCGGAACAUGCGGCGAUCGAUGACGGGGGAUGGCAUACCGAGAAGAGCGACGUGGUUGGUCAUGAUGGACCUUGCAACAUUGAAAGACAUGACGCUCAAGAGCUGACUCAAAAGGAAUUCCUUCGAAGAUUCGCUUAUAGUGAGCCAGUGAUAAUCUAUAACAUCAACAAUGAGGAAUUCCGUGAGCGCACAACCAAACAGCGAAUGCUCGAGGAUUGGAAGGAUUCUCCUGAGCCAACAACCUUCGGAGACUAUAUCGAAAAUCGUCUUGGGCCUCAGAAUCCUGACAUACUAGGCAAUGAGACUAUGUACAUGUUUGGAACUGGCGUGCCAUUCCAUUUCCAUGGGCCUGGCUUUGCUGAGGUGAUUUAUGGGUCAAAAAGAUGGUUCCUGUAUCCAUAUGAAGAAAGACCAGAUUUCGAGCCGGAUCGCACAACGUUGGAAUGGUACUUGAAUGACUAUCCUUCCCUUCCUCGUGAGAAACGUCCUCUAGAAUGUUUAAUGAAGCCGGGAGAAAUUAUUUAUUUCCCGGAUAAAUGGUGGCAUGCUACAUUGAAUACCGAAACCAGCGUCUUUAUCAGCACGUUCCUGAGUCCUUGA